AUGUGCAGGGGCUGUUUAAGUGUCGACAGAGUUUUGAGCGCGGUUACCGACAAGAAAAGUUUGAAAAUAUUUUGUGGGUUUCUUGAGGGCACGGUUGAUAUAGAUCACCCAUUGUUACUGUGUUGGGAGUGUGUUGCAAUGAUGAGGAAAAUUACCCAAUUUAUCUACCAAGUCAGGAUUGCACAUGAUAAUAUUGUUAAAUAUAUGCUCCACCAAUCAGCAGACUUGUCACCACUCACCAGGUUGACGCUGACCAAUUUGGACUCCGCUGCUCUGGAGCCAAAUUUUCGAAACGCUUUGGACAAAAACUCCCGUGACCACGAACCGAACGUGCGAGGCCCUAAUGGCGCGCAGCCCUUGGUGUUCAUCAAGGUCGAGGUUCAGGGUGAAGAGCUGGAGACGGAGUUUUUUGGCGAGGAGGACGCUUGUUUCGAUGAAAGAUCGGGAUCACCUGAUGAUAAGGAUUCUAAGGCAGAUAUAGGAUCGGAUUCUGUCAAAGAGCCAUCUGUCAAAAGUGAAAAGUCAAGAACGAAGAAAGGCAGAAGAAAAAAGCCAAAAGAAGACUUCAAUGAGUCGGACGAUGAGCCUUUGAAAGCAAUGAAACGUGCAAAGCAUUCUGAAGUGGAAGGGAGUAAAUCUAAACGGAGAACAACAAAAAAGGAAGACACGGAAUCGGUGAGGAAAGGCGGUCGGAGAAUACGCGAGAAGCCCUCUGGAGUUGUCCACAACCCGAGGGUCGAUAGGAUCCUGCAGCACUUCAACCUGAACGGAGACCAGCUCGAGAUGGUGGUGCUGAGCUGGGAGGAGGUGGAGGAAGAGAGACAGCGCGCGCUGGCGAGCGAGACCUUCACCAGGUACGAGUACCGCUGCCGGGAUUGCGUCGUCGGCUUCAACCACCGCUUCAAGCUGGACAACCACAUGAAGAAGCACGAUCCGGACUCCGGUCCGGAGGUUUGCGGCCUCUGCCACGUGAGGUGCAGAGACGCCCACGCCCUGUCGGCACAUCGGAGGAGGCAUCGCGUCAGGUGGCGGUGCGUGGCGUGUGCGGCGGCGUGGUCGAGGGCGGCCGUGGCGGCGGACCACAUCGCGCGCGAGCACGGCGCGCCCACGCCCCUGCACGUGUGCUCCGUCUGCGGACACCGGGCGCUCACCCUGGGCAAACUGCGCCACCACAUCAAGAGCCACGCGGAGCGUCAGAAAUGCGACCAGUGCGACAAAUCCUUCCGGGAUCGAGCCUCGCUGCGGACCCACCUCUUCAUCCACAAGGGGGAGAAAGAGUACGGUUGUCCGCGGUGCGAGAAACGCUUCAUGUUCAAGAAGGCGAUGCAGAUACACCUCGUCACGCACGAGGAGUCGGCGCAGGUCUACUGCUACGAGUGCGACAUGAAUUUCAAGAAUCAGAUGUCGUACAACCAGCACAGGAAGUACAGUCUGAAGCAUGUCGAUCCGGCGAAACUCAAGUACGCGUGCCAUCUUUGCGACAAGAAAUUUCUUAAAGCAAAGCGGCUGGAAGAACACAACCUUGCGGUACACCUGAAGGCGACGCCCAUCCAGUGCACGGUGCCGGGUUGUAAUUUCGCGUGUGCGUCGCGGCCCGUGCUGCGCACGCACACACGCGUGCGCCACCGCCUCGUGCGCGCCAAGCGGGACCACGUGUGCGACGUCUGUGGCAAGGCAUACACGAGCGGCGCCGGCCUGCGCGGCCAUCUGCGGGCGCACAGCGGCGAGAGGGCGCUGCGGUGCGCGCGCUGCCCCGCCGCCUUCGUGUACGAGGCGGCGCUCUACAACCACAACCGGCUGGUGCACCUCAAGCCCAAGACUGGACGCGGCCGCACCAUACCCAAUGACGCAUCUGUGGCUGCCCCACUAGACACCGCGGGCCCACUGUCAACCGUCAACAACGCCCUCAUCUGGAUCUCGAACCCACUUUCCGCGCCACCCGGGGAAAUAACCACGCAACAAUCCGCCGACGCCCCUACGAUUAGUUACACUCAGUUAACGCGCAACUACUGUGAUAAUUAUACGCCGAAAGCGUUGCGCAGUUUAAAGGCUAAGUCCACCAGGAGCCAUGUACAGUAUUAUGUGGAUUCCUGUAGAAUCAGAGCGGUCGGUGGCAAUGGUGGUGACGGUUGCAUAUCGUUCUUGAGCGUCUGGUGCAAGGAUCAAGCGGGCCCCGACGGAGGGGACGGUGGCCAUGGCGGCCACGUCAUAUUUCAGGCGGCGCACACAGUGAAAAGUUUGAACCACUGCAAGGCUGUGGUGCAGGCGGGGCACGGAGGCCGCGGUGACAAUAAAGACUGCUGCGGGAAGAAUGCACGCCACAACAUAAUCCCUGUACCACUCGGA